CUGGUGGCUACGGACAGAACGACUGAGCAGAGGAUCCACAUUGCGUCACAGCCCGCAACGGUAGAUCUCAGACGCGGUAGCGCCAUCGGUGUACGUCCUCGGCCAGACUUCAGCGAUUGCCACUUGCCUCACUGCCUCAUAAUUGUUAUAGAGACGAUCGAUCUUGCAUCGGACUUUCGUUCUGCGUCCGUAGCUCAACUGUACCCGAGCAGGCCGCUGCGCCAGCGCCUGCGCCGUCGCCGCCGCCCCAGCGCGUUCAUCUCCUGCACUACGUGCGAUGAUCCACGCUUAGUUAAGGGCGGGGGGCGGGGCGACCACGAUCACGAUCACGACCACGACCACGACGCCCACGACGCCCACGACGCCGCGACGUCUGGAGCGACCAGUCUCAUUCCGAGCGCGGACGUUGAGCCGCGCGCACGUAAUGUUAGUUAUUAUAAUAUUGGAGGUUUGAGUCUUCGUUAA